UACGUUUUCAACGUAGCCGGAUGGCGUCACAAGGCGGAAGCGAAACGUCAGUACAACUGCUGCGGAUUCUUUACCUGCCGGACUCUGAACUCGAGUCAAGAUGUUAAAAGCCGUUAUUUUGAUCGGAGGCCCCCAGAAAGGCACACGGUUCAGGCCGCUGUCAUUUGAAGUUCCUAAACCUUUGUUUCCUGUGGCUGGUGUGGCGAUGAUACAGCACCACAUCGAAGCAUGUGCCAAGGUUCCAAAUAUGAAAGAGAUUCUGCUGAUUGGCUUUUAUCAGCCCAAUGAGGAGCUGACCAGGUUCCUCAUGAACGCACAGCAGGAGUUCAAAAUCUCCAUCAGGUACUUACAGGAGUACUCCGCCCUGGGCACAGGUGGAGGGAUCUAUCACUUCAGAGACCAGAUUGUUUCUGGCAAUCCUGAGGCUUUCUUUGUUAUGAACGCUGAUGUGUCGUCCGCCUUCCCCCUGACGGAGAUGCUCAGUUUUCAGAAGGAACACGGGGAACCGAACAGCUUUGUUCUCCUGGCCACGACAGCCAACCGCAAACAAUCCCUGAACUACGGCUGCAUUGUUGAAAAUGAGGAGACGAACGAGGUCCUGCAUUACGUGGAAAAGCCCAGCACUUUUGUCAGUGACAUCAUCAACUGUGGUAUAUACCUCCUGAACCAGGACAUCUUCCAGCACAUUGGUGCAGUCUUCCAGAAGAACCAACAGGAAAUGUCACUAGAGGAGCCCACCAACGGCUGGCACCGAGCGGAGGCCAUCCGGCUGGAACAGGACAUUUUCACAGCCCUGGCAGGACAGGCCAAACUUUAUGUGUAUAAAACUCUCAGCUUCUGGAGCCAGAUUAAAUCUGCGGGGUCAGCCAUUUAUGCCAGCCGUCUGUACCUCAGCCAGUAUCACAAGACUCACCCUGAGAGACUGGCCUCUGAUAAGGAGGGCGGUCCCAGGAUCAGUGGUAACGUCUACAUCCAUCCUACAGCCGUCAUUGACCCCACUGCUACGUUGGGGCCGAACGUCUCCAUUGGCACUGGAGUCACCAUCGGUGCCGGGGUCAGAGUCCGAGAAUCCAUCAUCCUCCACGGUGCAAAUCUACAGGAUCACUGCUGUGUUUUAAACAGCAUCGUUGGAUGGGACAGCACCAUCGGCAAGUGGGCAAGAGUAGAAGGAACCCCGAGUGACCCCAACCCCAACGAUCCCUUUGCAAAGAUUGACAGUGAGACCCUGUUCAGAGAAGGAAAACUCACUCCCUCCAUUACUAUUCUUGGUUGUAACGUGACCAUUCCCUCUGAAGUCAUUAUUCUCAACUCCAUUGUCCUCCCUCAUAAAGACCUGAACCGCAGCUUCAAAAACCAAAUCAUUCUCUAGCUAAUCUUCCCAGCUCUUCUGUCCACCUGAUGAAGGAUGAGCAGCCGCUGCCGCUGAGUUACUGUACCCACGUCAGAGAUGGAAAUAAGGGCUUCUGAAAGAGUUUGUCCUCAGGCCUUAUGCAUCACUGAGUGUCAGCAGUGUUAGAGAGGAGCUAAUCACACAUGCUGAUUCACCUUGAAAAAUACUGUCACGCCAGGAGUUUAUAUUGGUUUUUUAUUAACUUUGCCAAACGCUAAAAAUUACAGCGCACACCCUGUUUGGUCGGACGUAAAAGUAAAUAAUGUUUCUAAAAAGCAUCAGUGACAAACCUGAGAUUUGUUCCUGGAGCAGAAGGUUCUGAAAAUAAAAGUCCCAGACUUUUGGCUGAUUAAUUUUAUUUAUGAGGAACUCUGAUUAAAAUCCUGAAGCGUCUUUUAUUGGAGCUGACUAUCAAUCUGAAGCAGGCUGCAGAUUUACAUCGCAAUCAACUAAUCAAGUAAUGUCGGCUUUUUAAAAUGCACUCAGUGGGGGGGGGCUGAGGGGAGGGCACGGGACGAGACCAUGUAAUGUAAGCAGCAACAGCAGAUACUUCAUCAGUGCAUCUGCAAUCACUGCCAUAACUUCUUUUUUUUUCCAAUUUAUGGAAAGAGCAAAUUAGCAUUUACUGGUGAAGCCUUCCUGACGUCCCAUGAUCCUCUCUGCCGAUUGGGACAAACAAAGUAAACGUGCGAUGAGGUGAGGCUUCCUCUGUUCACGUCUCCUCAUGUUGAUUCAAGUCGUUGCUGCAUUAUGGGAGAUGUGAAUUAAAUCAUUUAUUAUGACUAGUUUUGUUCAUAAGUGCUGAUUUUUGCAGCUCCAAAUGUUUCCAUCUGAAAUAUUCAUUUUGUGUGGAAUGGAUUUGUUUUGAGUUUAAUUCCUCAUUUUCACCUCGUCUUAGGUUCAGUCCACAUUGUUUUUCUGCAUUUGAAAAGAUUUCCAGGUAAAACGUGAUGAUUGUAUAAAGUGAGCUGCGAAGCUGCUGGACUGUCACUCAAUCUCCACUUAAUCCAACGGCAGAAACACAGCACCGACUAAGAGCAGCGUUUCUAAGUGUUUGACAUCUCAGGAUGUGCAAAUACUUUCCAGAAAAAGGCUUUAAUAACCUGCUGUCUGCAUUUAAUGGCUGUAGAAUUGGAGCCUUGUUAAAGCGAGUCCUUUAGUGGCUCUAACUAAUGGCAUAACAAAUGAUGUUUCCUUUCAGCUGCUGCAGUUAACAAACGGAACCUUUAACGUCAGUGUUGUUUAAAAGAAACAAGGUGAAAACAGGAGAGCACAAUGUUUUCACCCAAAAUGGAACAUGGAACUACUGUUCAGUGAACACUUUCAGCUGGUCAUUCGUUUCUGAUGGCCACGUGGCCAUGGCGUUUGAAAGUCACUGGUUUUCUGGAGGUACUCCAGUCUCCCCACACAGUCCAACAAAAUGUUUCUUUGUGUUUGUCUUUCUUCAAUUCCUGAGACUAUAUCAGCCUAGUGUUCAACUAAACAGGCUCAGUAAGUCAUUCUUCUGUCAAUUGUAUUUCAUUUCAUAUAAAAUAUGGGACAUCGUGUUUUGAUGCUGUGGUGAAUCGUGGGAUUUUCCUGAUCUAAAAUAUGUGCCGCGGCCCAACACUGCUGUAAUGGACGAGUGAUUAUAGCUGUUGCUAAUUAAAACUAAGUAUUUAGAAAUAAUCAAUAACUCGUCAAUUUAAAAAAGUAAAUUCACUGAUUGAGUCAGGAGUCACACAGAAUCGUGGAUUUAAUAAAGAAAUUAACAAAGAA